AUGUCCAGGCCGACUUCUCGUACAUUCCCGGCGUCACUCACUCAAAAGCACCAAUUAAAGAAAUCACUAGUGAGCAAACACUGUGUUAACAUAGUUCGAUCGCGAGCGUUCGUGUUCCGAACCGGUCAUGUCAAAUUGGAGUUGUAUCCAGACUCUGAGUGGCAAGGUGUGAGGGCGCGCGCGUGCGUCGCUGUGGCCGGCGCGCGACUACUCGCUGCUGAAUGGGCGCUCGGCGGAGGGGCGAAGCUCGCUACGUCUCACUCCCAGUGA